GCUAUAGUGGGGGUGGCUGCCAUGGAGUAUCCCCGCUUAUUCCUCGUCGCGGGCCUCCUCCUCGCUGGCUUCGGCGUCGCCGUUCUCGGCGCCGGCGACGAUGAGCAGUUCGUUUACUCCGGCUUCACCGGCUCGAACGCCUCGUUGUCGCUGGACGGCAAUGCGGCAGUGACGUCCACCGGGCUCCUCGAGCUGACCAACGGCACGGCCCAGCAAUUGAGCCACGCGGUCCACCGGACGCCGCUGCGCCUGUGGAGGUCGCCGGGCGGCGGCGUGCGCUCCUUCUCGGCGUCCUUCGUGUUCGGCAUCAUCCCCCCUUACUCCGACCUGAGCGGCCACGGCAUCGUCUUCUUCGUCGGGAAGGACAACUUCUCGGGCGCGCUGCCGAGCCAGUACCUUGGCUUCCUCAACAGCUCGAACAACGGCAACGACACCAAUCACAUCUUCGGCGUGGAACUCGACACCAUCGAGAGCAAAGAGUUCAAGGACCCCAACGAUAACCAUGUCGGCAUCGACGUCAACAGCCUCGAGUCCAUCGACGUCCACCCCGCCGGCUACUACGACGACAAGACAGGCGCGUUCCGGGACCUGCUCCUGAUCAGCGGCAAGGCGAUGCAGGUGUGGGUGGACUACGAGAGCGAGUCCACGCAGAUCAACGUGUUCCUGGCUCCCCUGAAGAAUGGCGCCAAGCCUUCGACGCCCCUGGUGUCAGCCAAGCACAACCUCUCGGAAGUGCUCGUGGAGCCAGCGUACGCCGGCUUCUCUUCGGCGACGGGGACGGUGAAGUCGCGUCACUAUCUGCUCGGAUGGAGCUUCGCCAUGGACGGCCCUGCUCCUCCCAUCAUAGGCAGUCUGCCGAAGCUGCCGCCGUUUGGCGCCAAGGCGCGUUCCAAGGUACUAGAGAUCGUCCUGCCGAUAGCCAGCGCGGCGUUCGUCCUCGGCGUGGUCGCGGUUGUUAUCCUGCUCGUCCGGCGGCGCUACAUGUAUGCCGAGGUGCGGGAGGAUUGGGAGUCGGACUUCGGGCCGCACAGGUUCACGUACAAGGACCUAUUCCGUGCCACGGAUGGUUUCAAGAGCAAGACGCUGCUGGGCUUCGGCGGAUUCGGGCGGGUGCACAAGGGGGUGCUCCCCAAGUCCAAGCUUGAGGUGGCGGUGAAGAAGGUGUCGCACGAGUCGAGGCAGGGCAUCAAGGAGUUCAUCGCCGAGGUGGUCACCAUCGGCCGCCUCCGGCACCGUAACCUCGUGCAGCUGCUCGGCUACUGCCGCCGAAAGGGCGAGCUCCUCCUCGUCUACGACUACAUGUCCAACGGCAGCCUCGACAAGUACCUCUACGCCGGCAAGGACAAGCCGGCCACGCUGGACUGGGCGCAGAGGUUCCGGAUCAUCAAGGGCGUCGCGUCGGGCCUGCUGUACAUCCACGAGGACUUCGAGCAGGUGAUCAUACACCGGGACAUUAAGGCAAGCAAUGUGCUCCUCGACGCCGACAUGAACGGGAGGCUCGGCGACUUCGGCCUCGCCAGACUGUACGACCACGGCGAAGACCCGCAGACGACGCACGUGGUCGGCACCAUGGGGUACCUCGCGCCGGAGCUGGCGCGGACGGGGAAGGCGUCGCCGCUCACAGACGUGUUCGCCUUUGGCGCGUUCAUCCUCGAGGUGGCCUGCGGCCGGAGGCCCGUCGAGCAGACCAUGGAUGACGGCCGCCUGAUGCUGGUCGACUGGGUGCUCGAGCACUGGCAGAAGGAGUCGCUCCUCGAGGUGGUCGACGCGAAGCUCGGCGGCGAACAUGACGCCGACGAGGUGGUCAUGGCACUCAAGCUGGGGCUGAUGUGCUCGCACCCGUUGCCUGGCGCGAGGCCUAGCAUGCGGCAAGUCAUGCAGUAUCUCGAAGGCGACAUGCCGUUGCCCGAGCUGACGCCCACGCAGAUGAGCUUCAGUAUGCUGGCCCUGAUGCAGAGUGAAGGGUUUGACUCGUUCGUCGUGUCGGCGUCGGGUCCAUCGUCGGCCACGAUGAUCACCAUGGGCACAAUCAGUGGACUCUCCGGAGGGAGAUGACAUGCAUUAAUAUCUGAACUUGAGUUGUUGAUCAGAUAUCACGAGUAUAAUAUUGAGAGAAGCAAGGUACCCUGAAUAUUUGAUUAGUACUUUGCUUAGAGAUA